GUUAAACAAAAUCAAACAUCUAUCGAAUCAAUAUUAAAUUCCAACAAAAUUCCCUAUACAUUUAUUGACGUUGCUGCUGAUCAAGAUCAAUUAAAUUAUAUGAAAAGAAAAAAUAGAGGUGUAAAAGAAUUACCCCAAAUUUUUGUCGAUGGCGAAUAUAAAGGA